GCUGGUCAGAAAGGAAGGAUGAGAAAAUCUGUGAUAAAGAUCUGACCCAGUGCUGGACCUGUGCAGCUGCGAUGGGCAAGAAAAGAUGUAAGAAACCCUGUAAGGCUUCAGCGCUCCAGUGCCGUACUUAUCUGUGCUUUCCAACAGCCAAGCAAACCUGAUGACUGAAGAAGGGGGUUUGUGCAUUUUUAGAAUCAUUUUGACCCUGAAUAUAGUUUUACUCAUUUGGAAGAUUCCUUCUGCUGGAUGUUGUCGAAACAUCAGUGGGCCCCAAAUCUGAGCUUCAUUCGUACAACUCGGAGGCGCCUUCUCUACUCUGCCAUGCAGGUUUUGUAAACAGGAAACAUGAUUAAAGAUAACAAAGAAGCUGUUCCACUAAUGGGCAAGAAAACAAAUCCACCUGGUGCACCCCCUUCAAAUCAGCAAGAGAAGAAACCAACUGAGGGCACUCCCACAAAGAAAAGUUCACAUUUUUUUCUGGAGAUUGAAGGUUUUGAAGGCAAUGCAACUCCAAAUAAUACAUCUCCCCCCGUGUUUUCAAAACCAAUGGAUUCGAAUAUUCGCCCAUGUGCGUCUGCAAAUGGGGAAGACAUGGAUUCCCCACAGUCUCUUCAGGAUGAUGUGACUGAAUAUAGCCCUAAUGCAGACUGUUGUUGUGCUAACAUAGCACAAGGACCUGAGCAGACAGGAGCCCGGAAGAAGCUGAAGAAAUACCUGUUUCGGGCAGUAUCUGAGGGGAAUAUUGAAGAAUUGCAAGGUCUGCUCACAGAGCUGAAGGAGAGAUCAAAUGUUUGCACAAACAUGACAGUGCCAGAUUAUCUAAUGAAAAAAUUCACAGCUUCAGAUACUGGGAAAACUUGUCUGAUGAAAGCUCUACUGAACAUAAACAACAACACAAACGAGAUAGUGAACAUACUACUAUCCUUUGCAGAGGAAAAUGGUAUUUUGGAGAGGUUCAUCAAUGCAGCAUACACAGAAGAGGCAUAUAAAGGCCAGACAGCUCUAAAUAUUGCCAUUGAAAGAAGACAAUUUGAAAUUACUCAGACUCUUAUAGAAAAAGGAGCUGAUGUCAAUGCUCACGCCCAGGGUAUUUUCUUUAAUCCCAAACAUAAACAUGAAGGCUUUUAUUUUGGUGAAACUGCACUGGCUUUAGCUGCAUGUACCAAUCAACCAGAUAUAAUUGAGCUGUUAAUGGACAACACCAGGACCAACAUUGCUUCUCAGGAUUCCAGAGGAAACAAUAUCCUCCAUGCAUUAGUUACUGUUGCAGAGGACUUUAAAACUCAGAACGACUUUGUAAUCAGAAUGUAUGAUACCAUUUUGUUGAAAAGCAAAGACAGAAAUUUGGAAAAAGUGAAGAACAAGGAAGGUUUGACACCACUACAAUUAGCUGCAAAAACUGGGAAGUUAGAGGUUCUGAAAUACAUCCUCAGCAGAGAGAUAAGAGAUAAACCCAACAGAAGCCUGUCAAGGAAAUUCACAGACUGGGCUUAUGGUCCCGUCCAGUCUUCUCUUUAUGAUUUGACAGAACUCGAUACCACUGCAGACAAUUCAGUAUUGGAAAUUAUUGUCUACAACACGAAUAUUGGUAAUCGCCACGAAAUGCUGACAUUGGAGCCUCUUAAUUCACUCCUGCGAAUGAAAUGGAAGAAAUUUGCACGCCACAUGCUUUUUAUGUCAUGUUGCUUUUAUUUUCUGUACAACGUAACUCUGACAUUAGUUUCCUACCACAGGCCUAAUGAAAAUGAAGCUCCACCUUAUCCACUGGCUCUGACACGUGGUGUGGGAUGGCUGCAGUUAUCAGGACAGGUGAUGGUUAUGUUAGGAGCCAUAUUUUUAGCCAUAAAAGAGAGUGUAGCCAUCUUUCUGCUUAGGCCCUCAGACCUGCAGUCAAUUCUUUCUGAUGCGUGGUUCCACUUUGCAUUUUUUAUACAAGCUAUGCUUGUGAUCUUCUCUGUCUUUUUGUACUUGUUUUCCUACAAAGAACACCUCGUGUGUCUUGUUUUGGCAAUGGCCCUGGGAUGGGCUAAUAUGCUCUAUUUCACCAGAGGUUUCCAGUCCAUGGGAAUUUACAGUGUUAUGAUUCAAAAGGUCAUCCUGAACGAUGUGAUAAAAUUUUUAGUUGUCUAUAUCGUGUUUUUGCUGGGAUUUGGCGUAGCUCUUGCUGCAUUGAUUGAAACUUGCCAAAAUGGUGGCGAAUGCCAUUCCAACAGCAGUCUGGGACCUGUUCUGAUGGAUCUUUUUAAGCUCACCUUAGGUCUGGGUGAUCUGGAGAUCCAGCAAAAUUCCAAGUAUCCUGUGCUGUUUCUUCUGCUCCUCAUAACUUACGUUGUGUUGACUUUUGUUCUUCUCUUGAACAUGCUGAUUGCAUUAAUGGGAGAAACAGUGGAAGAUAUUUCUAAAGAGAGUGAGCACAUCUGGAAACUCCAGAGAGCCAGAACCAUUUUGGAAUUUGAAAAAUUCUUACCAAAAUCUUUGAGGAAAAAAUUCCAACUGGGAGAGCGGUGUAAAGUGGCUGAAAAUGACACAAGGCUCUGCCUAAGGAUUAAUGAAGUGAGAUGGACUGAGUGGAAAACACACGUUUCGUUUAUUAAUGAAGAUCCAGGGCCAGCAGAUCCAAGCAAAGUUCAAGAUAAUUCAAGAACUAAUAGCAAAAACACCUUGAAUACGUUUGAAGAAAUGGAUGAUUUGCCUGAAACUUCUCUUUAGUUGUUCUGUGUUUGACAUGUAGAUGUUUGGAAAGUUAAGAGCAUCAGCGGCUGAUGUUGGAAGGUUUUUUGUUGUUUUGGACAGCUGUAGCCAGCUGGAGCACAAACGUUCAGUGCUGUGGUCUGGUGACUGGAACCCAUUUAAUCAGGGCAGCUAAGCUACAGUAAAAUGGAUUAUUGCUCUGGUUCAGUUUUAAGCUUGAAAACUGCUGCUGUCCAAGUUGGUGUGCCUGCUGAAAUGUGACUCUAGACUGCUGGAAGAAGUGUCAAAUGUGAGAUGCUUCUUCCUUUUGUGGAAAAUUAAGAUCUGUGGGAUCCUGAUCUGCUGUCUGUUGUUUUGGAAUCCGUAACUCCUGGGCAAUAUUUUGUAUGCUGAAAAAACCUCUUGUGGUAGAGAAAAGAAAGGCAUUUCAAUAGGUCUGCAAAAUGAAGUCUGUGGUUUUGAAAUAGCGACGUUCUGAGAACAUUUGCAACUUUUUGUUUUGCUUGUCAGUGUUAUUGGGGGCUUAUCCUGCAAGCUGCAGAAAGCCUCUGUGUCAAACUGCCUCUGUGGGUCUCCUGAGCUGUCUUCCUGUGUGUGAUGCCUGCAGUGUAAUGUGCACUUCACUGAUUUUUAUUCAUUAUUCAUGCAAAUGACUUCCCAUAAAAUGAUGGGGCAGGAACAUAAUUCAUGAUGGAGAAUAUUUCUGAGGGUUUUUCUAAGUCAGUGUUUUUGUUUUUCCAAUUGCUACGUGGCUUUUCCACACUUGUGCAUCUUGUUGUGUAAGAACUACUGUGUUAGAAUAUUUCAGGUUUAAUUAAUUUCUACAUUCAACUACUUCAGGAAAAUUAGAAAUCAGAAUUUCUUCCCACAGAAAGAAAAUAAGUGAAAUACAGUGCAAUGGCAGACUUUUAGUUUUAUUUAUUUAUUUUUAUUCGGAGGACUGUGUAAUGCAUUUCUGUAGCACUCCUUAUUUCAUUACUUGUGAUGGCCUACUAACAUAAAUCUUGUUGUUGUUGUUUUCAAUUUUAUUUCUGUAUGUAUUACAAAAUUUGCUCUGUGUACCUUCAGAUUUCAAUUAAUGCAUCUUCCUUGUCCUGGGUUUUCUUCGUGUGUGUGUUCCUCUGGUGCCUGUUUUAAAGGUGCUCCUUAGGAAACGCUCAGGUAACUUCAGUUCUGUGUUUGGAUGAUAAUGUGAAUUGCAUUGAAUUCUUACAGCUAAGCCUGAAGUGCGCAAACUGACCCCAAAGACUUUCUUAACACAGAAGAGAGCCUGAGUGAACUCUGCAGCAGAAAGGACAGUGCAAAGCAGUUUGCAGGGAUGGUGAACACGGUUCUCUCUACCAACUCAUCUUCUGCAGAUGCCCUGUCCUGUGUUUGCUACCAUGCAUGGCCCGGAUGGAUGGGAUCAAACUGAAAUCUUCAGUUACUUUUCUCACAGUGCUUAGGAAUUAUAGAGGAAGGACGUUCAUGAGUGUCAACAGUUUGACCUUCUUAGUAGGAUGUGUGAGUAUGAGAAGAAAAAUUCCUUUCUUCCUGGAAUCUUUCAUCUCUGCUGGUUAAGUUUGCAUUGGAACUCCCAACAAAGAACAUUGCUGUAGGACUACACCAUUCUGCUUGGACUCUUUAAGUGCCAGUUUUUGUACCAAAAAAAUACCUCAUCACAUCUACUCAGGAACCAGGAAGAAAACUGGUCUGCACUGUAUUCCACAUUGCUACGGAUGGACUUGUCACUGAAAACAGGUUCAGAUGUCUCUGUACUGUACUGAGGUCGCUCUGUAGGCAAAGCCAUAAACAGAGAAGGCACAAAAAAUUGUAAGGAAUGUUCCUUAACCACGUUCAGGUGCAAAGCUAUGUGAUAAAACGGAGGAAGGAGGCAGGGGUCAUUUUAUCUGAACGUCGUUCCGUGAGAAAAUCCCCUGCUUCCUGCCACGGAGUCCUGCCAGAACACUCAUCCAAGCAUCUCUUAUCUCAAGGCUGCUAUCAAGAACACUAUAAGGACUGCAGCAGAUCAAUCUUCAAAUUUUUAUUCAAUAUUUAUCUGAAUAUAAAGAAAUAAAACAUGUAAUUCAGUAAGCAUCUCCUUCUGUCCUGUAUCUUUAUUGCUAUAGAGUUACACAAAGGAAGCAGAAAAGAUUUUGGCUUAGUACUCUUCAAAGUAGAUAUUUGUGGUGGGUUAUGUGGACGAUGAGUCUUUCAGCAAACAACGAAUUACUGAGUGCUUUCUGAAUUUAGUCACUGGAUAUGCACUUUUUUUUUCCCCAGAAUGUGGCUUCAGUAUCUUUCAGACUACUGGAAACUUCUUAAAUUCAACCCUUUUUGUCUUUAAAAGACAAAUCGGGAACAGUUUAAUUAAUCUUGUAAUAAUUUCAAUUUAAACAUAAUUUAUUUUAGUGUACUUCUUCCUUGGAAAUCAUGUUCUUAGAUGAUCCUUCUUAAGCACAAAACCACAACAAACCCUAAGGCGUCCACUUCUGGGCAGCAGGCAUUGAUAACAUACACAUCCCCUCUUUGUGUUUCCUUCUGGCUUCCUUUGUCUCACAUUUUAUAUGGCUCAGCUGAACAAUUAAUUUCUGAAUGGUUGAUUACUGGAUGUUUCUGCUUACCAAGUUAAAAUGUUGUCAUUUUUGUAUCAUUUAGCUGGGUGAUAAAGUUUUACUUUCCAUGUAAUUCUGGAUAGAUGCUUUAUUGCUACUCAUCAGCAUAUGUGGUACGUUGUUUAAUCCUUUUAUACAGCACGAACUAUCAAACUUCAUAAAAAUAAUCUUUGUAUCUAUAGUGAUCUAUUAAAACAAGUAAACA